AUGGCAGCCGAUGUGUUGGCACCAGGAUUUUGGGAAAUUGGCGCGUACAAGAAUAAUGUGAGAAGAAUAAAGGAUGGAAUCGACGAACUGGACGAUUUCACUAAAAUGGCCAGAGAAAGAGCAGACAUUGAAGCGAAAUAUGGAAGAACUAUGCAACAAUUUGCCGAAAAAUGGAAAGCACACGUUGGCAGAGCUGUCCAGCACGGUUCCGUCAAGAAAGCGUGGCUGGGAUUGUUGGAGGAAGCCGAAGCAGUUUCAGUCCAACAUAAUCGUGUGAAAGACCGUCUUUUAGAUGAGGUCCUCAAAACGCUGGCGCUGUACCGGAAGGAAAAUUACCAUCCAUCAGCAUUUCGCGCGCCAAAGGAAAUUCGUGAAGCAGAAGAGGGAUUUGAAAGAGCUCAGAGAAAAUGGAAAAAACUGUACGAAAAGCUAGAAUCCAGCAAAAAAGCUUAUUAUUCUGCAUGCCGUCAAGAAAAGUCUGCGUUGGUGAAUCUCACAAAUAGCCAAGCAGACUCCUCAGUUUCUCAAGAUGGUGCUCAGAAGCUUCGUGAUCGUCUGGAAAAAUGUCGAGAUGAUGCACAAAAGUGCAGGAACAUUUAUGAAAAAAACAUAGCAGAGAUUACGCAGUACAGGACACCAUACAUAGAAGACAUGACGUUUGAGUUUGAAAAAUGCCAAGCGGUGGAGUUGAAACGAAGCAGAUUCUUUGUGGAAAUGGUCUGUGCAACGCAACAAGUGCUUGUCGAUUUAGCUCGUAACAACAAAUUUGCUCAGCUUCACGGAAACCUUGAAGAGACGCUACGUCUAUGCGAUGAAUGUGCGCUAACGUCGGACUUACAAGCGUGGUCAGCUACCAAUGGAAAAGAUGCUCGAAUGGAAUGGCCGACUUUUGAGGAGUACACAGAACAAAUCCGAACAAUCGCGGCAAAAGGUGCAAAUAACUGUCCUAGUGCUGUUGUACUAACUAAGCAAGUUACCAAGACCGACGACAUGCCUGGACCAGCUAGUAUACCGGCCACAUGCAGUGAUAGUGGGAAGAAUAGUGAUUCUGAUUCUAACACAUUUGACAGUCGGAAAAAUUUAACGAACACGGACAAACCUUUGCAAGAUCAGCAAAAUCUAGACAGGCACUGGGAGGGCCAAGAUUCACCUCCACUGUCGACAACAACUCCCGAUUCUGCGAAGUAUGGUGACUUCGAAGACCUUCACACGAAAUCGUUGGCAACGGUACUGUACGACUACAGUCCAGUAGAAAAUGAUGAGAUUUCUCUACAGAAAGGCGAAACAAUAGAAGUGUUGAGUGAUGCAGACUCAUUAGGUUGGUGCACAGGACGUAAGAAUGGAGAGGUUGGUCUAUUCCCAGCGAGCUAUGUACAAGUGAUGUGA